AUGGCGAGCAUUAGCAAAGAGCCAGAGCACGAGCAGAGAGACGAGGAAGAGGCCGGAGCCAACGAGGAUGAAGACACCGGUGCUCAAGUUGCUCCGAUCGUUAGGCUCGAAGAAGUCGCCGUCACUACCGGUGAAGAAGACGAAGAUGCCAUCCUCGAUCUGAAAUCGAAGUUGUAUCGGUUCGAUAAAGAUGGGAGUCAGUGGAAGGAGAGAGGUGCUGGUACUGUCAAGUUCUUAAAGCGUAAGGAUUCCGGAAAGAUCCGUCUCGUGAUGAGGCAAUCGAAAACUCUGAAGAUCUGUGCUAAUCAUCUCGUUACUUCGGGCAUGACUGUUCAGGAACACGCUGGGAAUGACAAGUCAUGCGUAUGGAACGCUCGUGAUUUCUCAGAUGGUGAAUUGAAGGACGAGCUUUUCUGUAUCCGUUUCGCAACAGUUGAGAACUGUAAAGCAUUUAUGCAAAAGUUCAAGGAAGUCGCUGAAUCUACAGAAGAGAAAGAAGAGAGCAAAGAGGCCUCUGAUACAGCUGGUCUUCUUGAGAAGUUAACUGUGGAAGAGAAGAAAACCGAGGAGAAACCAGUGGAGAAGGUAGCAUCAGCAGAGGCAGAGAAAGAGAAAGCUGUUGAAGAAAAGAAAACUGAGGACUCUGUUCCCUCAGCUUAA